CCUUCUCUCUAUACAUAGCAAUAUCCUCUACUCCCUCUAUUGACAUCUCUUCAGACUCAAGUUCUGGUUCCCGUUCACACGUUUUCUUUCUAUCUUCCUUUCGUUCACUUUCAUCCAGCUACCUCUUCACUUUACCUCAACAUCCUUGUCGCUUGACGAUCGAUCCUCGCCGCAAACCUUGUCCGCUUCCAAUCCUUCCUCUCUCACGCCAUGUCUCAUUAUCAACCAGCCUACUCGAACAGUCCCGGACCCGGAGAAGGGUAUCGGGAUGACUAUGAUGGAGGUGGGAACACCUAUGGCGGCUAUCAAGAUGAUCCAGGAUAUGGUAAUGGGAGAAAUGGUGGUUUGGCCAGUGAAAGCUAUCCAAUGGGUCCGAGAAACCCCAACGCCGCGACAUCCCCCACGGGUGGCUAUGUACCCAAGAAAAAACGGAACAAGUGGUUAUGGGUCGUCCUUCCCAUUGUCAUAAUACUCAUCGUCAUCGGCGCUGUUUUAGGUGGAGUGUUGGGAUCUCGUGCUGGAAACAAGAACAACUCGAGCAGUAGUUCAAGCAGCGACAACUCGGGUAGCGGGAACGGCAACGCGAUUCCUUCGGGUGUGACAACCAACCCAACGGCAACUUCGACAGGCGCCAACGGUCAGAAGUAUCUUGCCGUUGCCACCAACAGUCAAUGGAUGCUUCCUGUGUAUGCCACAGGCACCGACACUGCUGGAUACUCUGCACCAACUUUCCUAGCUAGCUCGGAUUCAAAAGAAUCCUGGCCUACGGAUCCCUCCCCGCCCAGCAACUCUUCCCUUCGUGAUCACCCUCGCUUGAUCGCUCCGGCCUACAGAUGGCAAGCGUUACCAUCUCUCAUCGCUCAGGACCCUUACUUGAAAUACUGGAACGACACAAUUAUCGCCAAUGCCAGCAGUUCACUCAACGAUCCUCCCCAAAAUUACACCCUGGACGGUGGUCUGACAGGGUCGGGUCUACUCGACCCCGCGAGACAAGUCAAGCUGAGGAUAAAAAACUGGUCAUAUGCAUACCGUAUGACGAACGACACGAAAUAUGCCGAUCGUGUCAUGUUGGAACUUCAGACUGCCGCGGGAAAUAACUCUGAUGUUCCUUGGGGCACGGAUAACUCUCGAUGGAACCCUAACCACUUCCUCGACCUUGCCGAGCUGUGCAACGCCUUCGCUAUCGGCUACGAUUGGUUAUAUGACCAUUGGACCGAUGAUCAACGUGAUGCUAUCAUGUGGUCUAUUCUCAACCUCGGUCUUACAUACGGUUACGCCGCUUUGACUCUUGAUGCUUCUGCUUCUGGUUAUUCGUGGUGGACUGGUACCCCGAAUAAAGUCAACGGUAAUUGGAAUUGUGUAAGCAAUGGGGGAUUGACGUUGGCUUCUUUGGCGAUCCUCGACCGAGACCCUACACAAUUGGCACAGAAAGUCCUCGCCCUUACUGUUCCCAACGCUUUCAGCAACUGUUUCGAAGGUCCUCAUUCCGAUGGCACAUGGGCAGAAACUGCCAAUUAUUGGUAUUUCGGUACCACCGGAGCUGCCGAAAUGUCAUCCGCUCUCACCACCGCUUACGGAGAUGAUCGAGGAUUAGCAGCUUCCAACCCUGGUUUUGCUCUCACUUCCUUGUUCCACAUGUACAUUCAAGGUCCCACUUCUUUAUUCAACUACGGCGAUUGUGGACCUAACAAAUAUUCCACCACUGCCAACUCUUUGAUGUAUUGGGGUAGUGUUUUCAACGAACCUCGUUAUAUGCUUUAUCAACGUGAUCAUUACGAUUCUUCUGAACCAUGGUCAAUGUUCUGGUACGAUCCUUCCGUGUCUGGUACAUGGUGGGAUCAACUCGCUAUCGAUCAUCAUUUCGAUGAUCCAGCAGGAGAAUGGGCUACAGCAAGAACGGAUUGGACCAAUCUAGACGGUGCUUAUUGGGCUAUGAAAUCUGGUGCUUUGACAGGUCAUCAAACUCACGGUGAUCUUGAUCUUGGCGAUUUCGUUCUAGACGCUUUGGGUGAAAGAUGGGCAGGUGAAUUAGGUUCAUUCCAAUAUCUUUCCGAUGGAUAUUUCUCAAAAGAAGAUCAAGAUUCAGAAAGAUGGUUAUAUUAUCGUAAACGUACAGACGGUCAAAACACGAUUAUCAUCAAUUAUCAAAAUCAAAAUGUCGGUGCUCAACCUACUACACAUUGGGAUUCGACAGGUACACUUCAAGGAUUAGCACCUACUCUAGAAGUCGAUGUUUCCGAUACCGCUUAUUUCUGGCAAGAUCUCACUUCAGCUGUCAACGUUACUUGGUCUAGAGGUAUACGAUUUUUGAAUCAACGUAAACAAGUCUUGUUACAAGAUGAUUUCGAAAAUAUCGGAGCAGGAACAGAUGUAAUGUGGAGAAUGCACACCAACGCUACUGUCGUCGCUAGUGGAAAUACGGCCAAUUUAACUUUGAACGGGAAAUCACUUCAAAUGAUUUUACUUUCAGGACCUGAAGGUGCUACUUUCACAACGAUGGCUGCUGUUCGAUUAUCUCAAGAUCCACCCGCACCGACGGGAUCGCCAUACGAUAUCGAAAAUCAAGGUUGGGUCAGUGAUGAUGGUGUCACUGUGGUGGCUAUUGAUAGUCAAGCAGGAGGGACUUUUAGUAUUCAAGUGUUAUUUAACCCACAGUGGGAUGGAAUGGACUCGAGCGCUUUUGUCACUCCGAAGAGCGUUGCGUUGACGGAUUGGUCUUUGACUUCGCAUUCUUGAUCAGCGGAGGUGUGGUAUUGAUUUCGCGGUCUUCAUCCGACGUGUGAGAAAGCAGGGUGAGAAGCAUGGAUGGAGGAAUUGGCGUCAGUCAGAAGAUCAGAAGUCGCAUCACGGAUGAGACGGAAAGAAGAGGGGAGGAGGAAAGCAAGGCUUAUGGAUUGACGUGAGGGGAAUGGUGAGAGGAGGGAGGAGUGAAAGGAGUUUUCAUUUUUUUGAAGCCGAAAAGGGAGAUUUAACCAACGCUUCAUUAUCAGGUAGUUUGUCUUACUGCCCUCCUCACAAGAUAAGUUAACUAUUACGAUCUGUCAAUUAGUCAUGAAUCGAUGCACGGACAAUUUCACCUUUC